AUGCACUCUCAAGUGACCAAGACCGCAAGUGCAGAUCUGAAGCCAAAGCCUGAACUCGCAUCAGAUGCUGCAGGAGCUGCACUGACAGGAAACACAGUGACUUUGACCUGUCGCAUGGAUCUGUCCACUGUGAGUCCUACAGCUGUGGUGACGGUACGGCCUGAUGAACGAGUGUUCAGAGGAGAAGCAGUCACUUUCAGAUGUGAUAUAAAGUGGGGAGUAGACACUGAGUGGACGUACAGAUGGGAAACAGAGGGAACAAACUACCAACAUAAAAACUCUGUCAGCCGAAUCUCAACACAAGAGUUGAACAUCAGGAGUGUUGAUCACUUUCACAGCAGUAAAUACACCUGCACAGGACAGAUGGGAACACAAAGCUCUAAGCGCAGUGAUGCUGUUACACUGACUGUAUUAGCUGAAGCUCAGGCAGCAGUGCGAGUGUCUCCACAGCCGUGGCUGACUGAAGGAGACUCAGUGACUCUGAUCUGUGAGGUUACAGGCUCCUCUACAGGCUGGACGUUCAGCUGGUUCAGAGAUGAUGAUCGUCUGUCCGACAGCAGCAGAGGAGCUGGAGGCUCUUACACUCUCAGUCCUGCUGCUCUACAGCACACAGGAGUUUAUACGUGCAGAGCAGAGAGAGGACGACCAGCCUAUUACACAAAGUACAGUAACAAGCAGCCACUGUGGACCACUGGUUUUUCUCCUUCAGUGUCUCUGGUGGUCAGUCCCAGCAGAAGUCAACACUUCUCAUCUGACUCUCUCUCUCUGAGCUGUGAGGAUCAGAGUAACUCUGCUGGAUGGUCAGUGAGAAAAUACACAGACAGAAACACAGACGAUUGUUCAAAACUAACAGGAUCUACAUGUCGAAUCGCCUCUCUCAGCACAUCUGACGCUGGAGUUUACUGGUGUCAGUCUGAAUCUGGAGAGAAACGUCAUCCUCUCAACAUCACAGUUCACGAUGGUGAUGUGAUUCUGCUGAGUUCUGUUGAUCCUGUGAUUGAGGGAGAUACUCUGACUCUACACUGUUUACAUCGAUCUACAAACUCCUCGAUCCUCAGAGCUGAUUUCUAUAAAAACGAAUCACUCGUCCAGAAUCAGACGACAGGAAAGAUGAACAUCACGACUGUCUCAAAGUCACAUGAGGGUCUGUACUUCUGUAAAACAGAGAGAGGACAGUCACUGCACAGCUGG